AACCCGCGCGCCCCACCCCCCCCUCCGGGCGCUCUGCAACUCUUUGUCUUCAAGUUGAAGAAACAGUCUCUCUCCGUUGCUUCUCUACUUUCAUUCCUCUCUCCUCCUUCUUCACUUACUUAAAGUAUCAAAUCCAUUAAAAAAAAAAAGACCACUCACAAUGUUACUCCCUUUUUUUGCAGCAGAUACCAUGUGACCUUACCUACUCUCUCUCUCUCUCUCCCUCCACCGAGUCAGCUUCCCCUUGACGACUCACCGAGUCAACUCGACUCGACUCGACUCAACCCAACUCCACUUCAACUGAACUGAACAUACAUUUUUAUUUUAUUUUUCUCCCGGAAUGGCGUCAUCUUCCAGAGCGAGAAGCAGCUCUCCCUUCUCGUAUCGAAAACCGUCAAGUCCUUACUCUUCAGCUUCUUCAACAACAUCUUAUAAUAACAGGCUAAUGCCACGUUCGUGCUCGACUUCUGCUUCUUCAUUUUUCGGUUCGCGAUCCGUGACGCCGAGUCGAGAUCGGUCUGAUUCAAUGCACUACGGCCUCUCACACGGCGUCGGUGCUUAUGAUGGUAGUCUGAAUCCGGUCGGGUUCGGGUCGGAGGAGUUGAUUGCUGAACCGAUUGAUCAACCGAGGAAUGGUGGUGAUAGUAUUUCGGUAACGAUUCGGUUUAGACCGUUGAGUGAAAGGGAGUUUCAGAGAGGAGAUGAAAUAGCAUGGUCAGCGGAUGGAGAUAAGAUUGUUAGGAACGAGUAUAAUCCAGCUACUGCUUAUGCAUUUGAUAAGGUGUUUGGACCGCACACAGCCUCUCAAGAGGUGUAUGAGGUUGCCGCAAAACCUGUGGUCAAGGCUGCAAUGGAGGGUGUUAAUGGGACUGUUUUUGCAUAUGGUGUUACUAGUAGUGGAAAGACACAUACUAUGCAUGGAGACCAAAAUUCUCCUGGCAUUAUACCACUUGCCAUAAAGGAUGUUUUCAGUAACAUCCAAGAUACUCCAGGAAGAGAGUUCCUACUACGCGUGUCCUAUCUUGAAAUUUACAAUGAGGUGAUAAAUGACUUGCUUGAUCCAACAGGUCAAAAUUUACGUGUCAGGGAAGAUGCACAGGGCACCUAUGUUGAGGGUAUAAAGGAAGAAGUGGUUUUAUCUCCUGGGCAUGCACUUUCUUUCAUUGCUGCUGGAGAAGAGCAUCGCCAUGUUGGUUCAAAUAAUUUUAAUCUGUUCAGCAGCCGAAGUCACACCAUAUUCACUCUGAUGAUAGAAAGUAGUGCCCAUGGAGAUGAAUACGACGGAGUGAUUUUCUCUCAACUUAAUUUGAUUGAUCUAGCUGGAUCUGAGAGUUCCAAAACUGAAACAACUGGAAUAAGGAGAAAGGAAGGAUCUUACAUAAACAAAAGCCUUCUAACUCUUGGAACUGUGAUUGGAAAGCUGAGCGAAGGAAGGGCAUCUCAUGUUCCAUAUAGAGAUUCCAAACUUACACGCCUUUUGCAGUCUUCGUUGAGCGGGCAUGGGCAUGUUUCGCUUAUUUGUACCGUCACUCCUGCAUCAAGUAACAUGGAAGAAACUCAUAAUACAUUGAAGUUUGCUAGCAGGGCAAAGCGGGUUGAAAUAUAUGCUUCACGCAAUAAGAUUAUUGAUGAGAAGUCUUUGAUCAAGAAAUAUCAGAAAGAAAUCUCAAGCCUCAAGCAGGAACUUGAUCAAUUAAGACAGGGGAUGCUUGCUGGUGUUAGCCAUGAGGAGAUUAUGAGCUUAAGGCAAAAGUUGGAGGAAGGUCAGGUGAAGAUGCAAUCAAGGCUUGAGGAAGAAGAAGAAGCCAAGGCUGCUCUAAUGAGUAGGAUUCAGAGGCUAACUAAACUCAUACUUGUCUCUACAAAGAAUACGAUUCCUGGAUUGACUGAUGUUCCAGGUCACCAGCCGAUUCAUUCUGUUGGGGAGGAUGAUAAAUUGGAUGUUUUGCGAGAAGGUGCUUUACUUGCAGAAAAUGAGAAUCAAAAGGACUCUCCAUCUUCUUCUUCUUUGAUAGCAUCGGAUCUAACUUACGAAUUUAAACAUAGAAGAUCUUCCAGUAUGUGGAAUGAAGAACUCUCACCAGCUAGCAGUACUGUUACUGAAUCGACUCAAUCAUAUGAAGUUAUGGGUACUUCAAAACUGGCACCAGGCGGGAUGACCCAAGACCAGAUGGACCUUCUUGUGGAGCAGGUUAAGAUGCUUGCUGGAGAGAUUGCAUUCAGCACUAGUACCCUGAAGCGCCUGGUGGAGCAUUCUGUAAAUGAUCCUGAUAGCUCAAAAACUCAAAUCCAGAACUUGGAGCGAGAGAUCCAGGAAAAGAAGAGGCAAAUGAGAGUUUUAGAACAGCGCAUUAUUGAGAGUGGUGAGGCUUCAAUUGCUAAUGCCUCAAUGGUUGAUAUGCAGCAGGUUGUUUCGCUUUCUUCUACUUUUCCCUUUUUCUUCUUCUUCUCUCGUGUAUUCUUUCAUUUUAUCUUUUUUUUAGAUAAUAAUAGCUCAACUAUUUUGAUUGCAAUUGUGCUGGAACAGACAGUAAUGAGAUUGAUGACCCAAUGUAAUGAAAAGGCUUUUGAGCUGGAGAUAAAAUCAGCUGACAACCGUAUUCUCCAAGAACAGCUUCAGAAUAAGUGUUCCGAGAACAAAGAAAUGCAAGAAAAGUUGACUCUCCUAGAGCAUCGGUUGGCUUCACUCUCUGGUGAUAAAGCAUCAAUAAACUCUGAACACAACAUGUCAGAAGAAUAUGUGGAUGAAUUGAAAAAGAAAGUUCAGUCCCAGGAGAUUGAGAAUGAAAAGCUAAAGAUUGGACGGGUUCAGAUUUCAGAGGAGAAUAGUGGAUUGCGGGUGCAAAAUCAGAAAUUAUCCGAAGAAGCUUCUUAUGCAAAGGAACUGGCCUCUGCUGCUGCAGUUGAGCUGAAAAAUUUAGCUGGUGAAGUGACAAAGCUCUCAUUACAGAAUGCAAAAUUGGAAAAAGAAUUGCUGGCUGCUCGAGAAUCUGCGCAUUCUAGAGGUGCUGGCAUGCAAUCAGUUAAUGGAGUUAACCGCAAGUUUAAUGAUGGCAUAAGACAUGGGAGGAAGGGGCGGUUCUCUGGCAGAGGAAAUGAUUUUUCAGGAAUGCAUUCUGAUGACUUUGAGUCAUGGAAUCUUGAUCCAGAUGAUUUGAAAAGGGAACUGCAGGCAAGAAAGCAACGCGAAGCAGCACUAGAGGCAGCCUUGGCUGAAAAGGAAUUCAUUGAAGAUGAAUACAGGAAAAAGUGUGAAGAGGCGAAAAAAAGGGAGGAGGCUCUGGAAAAUGACUUGGCAAACAUGUGGGUGCUUGUUGCGAAGUUAAAGAGAGAGGAUAGUGCUAUCUCUGGGAUGAAUGCUGAUGAAAGGCAUAGUGAUGGUAUAGAUCACACUAGUGAUCCCAAAACAAAUGGUGUUGAAGUUGAUCGUAAUAGCAUCCUGAAAGAGAGAGAAGAUUUAGAUGCAUUACAAGUUGAUGAAGAAACUCCCAAGGAAGAGCCCCUAGUUAUUCGGUUGAAGGCACGGAUACAAGAGAUGAAGGAGAAGGAGCUCAAACAACUGGGAAAUGGAGAUGCUAAUUCUCAUGUGUGCAAAGUAUGUUUUGAAUCACCAACAGCAGCAAUUCUUCUCCCCUGUCGACAUUUUUGCUUGUGUAAAUCUUGUUCGCUUGCAUGUUCUGAGUGUCCAAUUUGUCGCACAAAGAUUGCAGAUAGGCUUUUUGCAUUUACUUGACAUUGCAGCUUGCACCCUCCAAAUGAAGGGCUCUGUGGAUGUUUACCUGUUCACUACAUCGGUGGAACGGUGGUACAAUUCUUUCAUUAGUUUACUGUAUGUAAUUGUCAAAAAGGUAUAUCAAUAUAUUGUUUCUGAAUCUCACCCCUUCUUUGGGGCUGUAAAAUAAGACUUGAUCAAAGGUAAACAAAGAAUCAGUACAUUCUAGAUGUUGCGUUAUUUUUGAACAUGCAGCAGAAUGUUGUGGUUUAUAACGCUGUAUAGAAACAAUGUAUGCUUCCAUGAGAAAGUGUCCUUCCCUGUGUAUCUGAGCAA